AUGGGGCAAGCCGGAAGCAGCGCACUGAGCGGCAAGCGCGUCAUGACGCACGACGAGUUGGAAAACGUCGUCAGCUACCUCGAUCAGCAAAUGACGGCCUUGUUCCGACAUGCGGAGCGGCUGUCCACCAAUCAGAAUCGGGGCUGGAUCGAAGAGUAUAGCAAGUUUGCCGCCAUCCAGGGUGUGGCCCAUGCUUCCUUCACCGAGGAAAAUGUGAACAAAAACCGCUACCGCAACAUCUCUGCCUACGACCACACGCGCGUCAAGAUCACACCAAACCCGCACAAUGGCAUGUCCGACUACGUGAAUGCCAAUUACAUUCCAGGCGAAACCAAGUACAUUGCGGCCCAAGGGCCGGUGCCCGAGUCCUUCUACGCCUUUUGGCAAAUGGUUUGGGAAACCAAGGUUGAUGUCAUCGCCAUGGUGACCAACGAAAUUGAAGGCGGCAAGCUCAAGUGCCACCGCUAUUGGCCCGAAGAGCAGAACAGCGAGCUCAAGCUAGGCAAUCUGCGCAUCAUCUCCGGGCCCGCGCGCGACACCGCGACGCAUAUUUGCAAGCAUUUUAUGCUGCAAAACAUGGACACCAAUGAAUCCCGCGAGAUUGUGCAUCUGCGCUACACGGCGUGGCCUGACCAUGGUGUACCCGAGUCAGCCUCGGCCAUGCUCUCAUUUCGCAAAGCCAUCCUCAAGCUCCAAAAGUCCGACACGCUGCUCAUCCAUUGCAGUGCAGGCGUGGGCCGGACUGGAACCUAUAUCGCCAUCGACACGCUGGUGCGCCGUCUUGAGGCUGGUGCCCCCAACCUCGACCCUUGCGCCGUCGUGACGGAAAUGCGCCGCGCGCGCAAUUUCAUGGUUCAAACUUUGGUCCAGUAUCAGUUUGUAUUCAAAGCAUUGCUGGAAGUCAUAAACAAGUAUUUGCUGCGCGCUAAGAAAGCGCUUGCCGAAGUCAAGGGCCGCGCUGACGAGGCGGCUCGAGAAGCCGAACGGGCUUUGGAACUCAAGGAUAUCGAAGCCGAGCUACAGGAGGCCGAAGACAACUUUGCCAAUUUGACCGGCAUUGACGAGCAAGUGGAGCAGCUUGUCAACGAAUCUUUGGCAAAGCAAGGCACAGGCGUUGCUGCUUCCUCUUCAGCGGACUUUCGACAUGCCUAUAAACAAGGCAGUGACAAGGAGGUGGCUUCGAAGAUCACACAGAAGCAGCGUUUGGAGAGUUUGAUGGAUUACAUCACAUCUGAUGAAUGGCGCAAGACCGUUGAGGCGCCAACCAUUGAUGCCAAUGCACCCCUGUCCGCGCGCGUGCACUCACUUCAGCGUGAGGUGAAAAACGCUCAAGAAACCUGGAGGAAAGAUUAUGCCAACCAAGAGCAAGACUUCUCAGCCAAGCAGGCACACGGGGGUGAGGAGUACGACGUGUCUCAAUCCUUCACUCCACUCGAGUCGCGCAUCCUGGCCCUGGCUCAACAGCGCGAGGUGAUGGCGCUCAAGAGCGAUGACGUGCGACGUAAAAUGGAAGAGGAGGAGUUUGCUCGCAUCACCUCCCUGACUCAUCGCAUCAAGUCACUGGCCUCUGAGCGUCUGGAGGACCGGACCAAGUGGGCUGAUCGUCCGCGCAAGUCUGGUACCACGGCAGACUUGGCCGAUGGAUCUGCCGGCGUGCAGAUUGAAUCGUUGCGCGAACGCCUGCUCCGUAUGGCCAUGGCUCGUGAUGACUGGAAAUCCAAGGGCGAUUCUUUUGGGCGUGUCGUCGCCAAUCCUGUGCAACCGGCUCCACCGGGUCCGAGCUUUGAAGAGAUGGAGGCUCAGCUCAAGGCCGAGGAGGAAGCGGCUGAAGCAGCUCACCAGGCAGAGCUGGAGCGCAUGCGCCAGGCUGAGGAGGAAAGGCGCCGUAACGAGAAGCCUGUGCAGAGUGCCGUGUACGAGCGCAAGGAUGCGGUGGUGACACCGCAGGUUCAGUUGCGGGCGGCGCAGAAUGGUGCCCAAAAGGGUGGCGCGGAACAUCCCAUGAUUGCAGCAGCAAAAGCAGCCCAAGCGCGCCACCCUCAUGCCCGCUCGUAA